AAGUGUCACGUCAAUUGUCACUAAAUCAAUUAUAUGCGUUCCUUACAUAGAAUAAAUAAAUUAAUAAUUAAUAAUUUCGUAUAAAAAUCAUAUAAUAACUUUUUAUGAACAUGUCUAAAAGACUGCUCUUGGCAUUAGAUUACCCAGAAGUUAAUAAUUUAAAUUUAAGUGAUGAAAACACAUUCAGGAAAGUAAUUAUUUGGUUAGAAGAGAAUUGGAUUAAAAAAGCACCUGCUGAUUUAGUAAAUCAAUUGAAAAAUAAUCGAGAUUGGCACAUAACAUAUUCUAAAUACAAAGAUGGAUUAGGUUGUCCUGUAUUGGAAAGUAGAAUAGAAGAAUUACAGUGGAUUUUAGGUUACGCCGUACAAAUUGAAUCCCAUAAAAACAGAAAUGUGUAUUUAAAACAUGCAGUAGAGAAUUUACAAAGUAAAAAUGUUCCAUCUGUAGUAGCCGAAAAUAUAUUAGAUAAAUUAGAUUUUAGCAGUCAAGAAUUUGUAGAUGGCAUUAAUGAAUUGGCAAAAGUACUUAACAUUGUGAGUCACCCAGACCCUCUGGUCACUUUAAAAGCUGUAAGAAAAGUAGUCGUGCAAAGAAUGGCUCCAGAUUGUGUCGAAAAUCCCGAAAAGUAUAUUUUAAAAGGCACUCCGUUUCCGAUUCAAGAAACUGAUUUGGGAUUCGAUUUAAAAGAUCCGGUAUUAAACCAAGCUGCAAAAAUUCUACGGAUGAUAUAUAUUCAGGACCUGAGGAACUUGCAAACUAAAGCGAACGAAUUGAUUGUUGCAGUCCAAUCUGUUACAGCUAAUCCAAAAACUGACACUAAACUCGGAAAGGUUGGAUUCUAGAAAAAUAUCAACACAUUAUCUAAAAAGAUAACUUCAAGAUAAGUUGGUUUUUUGAUAAGUUUGAUGGAAUGGAGUUUCAACAGAUUGGGAAGUAAUCGGUUUGAAAUAUAUGCUUUAUUUCUAAUGCUAAUGUUUUUACACAUCGUAUAAAAAUAAUUUUCCCCUAAUAUUUUUAGAGGUCAAAUAAAUAUGUUUUAUAUACUCUCA